AUGCCUUCCAUGCACUGGACAGACGAACCUCUCUCUCCUGGAGCCAGCACUUUGGUACAUUCAGAGCCAGAACACAGAGAGCACGUCUAUAUUCUUCGUAUUAUCCGUGCUAGGACUGCUGUAUGGCUGUGCUCCUUCCUGAUUCUCUUAAUUUCGGCGUUCUUGGGCGUUGGUGGCAACUAUUUGGUGAAGAAGCUUGAUCAUGUAAUAACGGAUUAUCAACGCCUGGUCAUCUUCUUCCAUAUAAUGAGCUUCACGUUUCUUGGGGUCUCAGGUAUUGCUGGAAUCUGUGCUGCAAUUACCAAUACACAUACCACCCGUCCGCAACUCUUUGCAGCCCUUCUUUGUGGUCAUUUGAUCUUCGGUGUAAUCUCCGGCGCAAUGUGCCUCCAUAUCAUUUUCCAGAACACUACCUCCCUCGAGCGCGUGGCAAGUUGUUCUCGUUUAAUCGCAACUGCGGCAUGGAACAAUUUGUGCCAUAACGGAAUGCUGGUCAAAGCGCUUUCAUUGGGCACCUUUGAGUUUGCUUGGAUGCUAGAAGUUUUGUCAAUAUAUGUGGCUAUCAAGUAUGCUUCCCAACUACGAGCCGAAAAUAACCUCAAAACUGUCACAUAUCCGGUUUAUUGA